UGUCGUCCUUUCCUUUAUCUUUAAAUAGUUAGAGCCUCUUCUCUUAUCAGUCCGAUUAGAAAAGCGAGUUCUUUUUUCCCGUUCGACUCCAUAACCUACAAUCAAACGUAACCCGAUACCUUUAGUUAAAUAUGGAAGCUAUAAUGACAUAAUUACAAGAAGAUAAGUCCAUUGUGAUUAGAAAGCUGCUAUAAAUAAAGCUAUUCAUGAAUCAUGAUCACUUUCCGUGCAAAUAGGAAAUUAGGACAGUGAUUGGAAAGCUCUAAUGACAUAAUUAAGAAAAAAAAUAACCACAGUCCGUACUAGAGAAAAAAAGAGAGAGAGGGGAAGGAGACGCGUGGAGCUUACAAGAAGGGCUCAAGUAAGGAGAAUCUGUCAAGUAUAGUCAUGUUACAUUUCCAGCUUCUCUUUCUACUGAACCACCUUCAUUUUUUCCCAAGAAUAAUCCAUUUUCAAGAACCCAUCAAAUGGAGUUUCAGAGCAGUAAAACCAGGAAAACAGAAAGUCCCACCAGCCAGAAUCAACAAGACAACAAGAAUUCCAACAAAGAUUCCAUUUCCUCAGCUGCUAGUAACAUGAAGAAUCAUGCCAGCAAGGUCACACUUGCUCAGUAUAAUGCUGAUGCAAAGCUAAUGGCUGAGUUUGAACAGUCUAGUGUGUCUGGUAAGUCCUUUAAUUAUUCAAAAUCAGUUCCUUUUGCACCACAAGAUGCUAAGGAAGAAGAAAUAAGUUCUUAUCUUUCAAAAAUUCAGAGGGGUGGACUUGUUCAACCAUUUGGUUGUAUGGUUGCUAUUGAAGAACCAACUUUCAAGAUUAUAGGUUAUAGUGAGAAUUGCUUUGAUAUGUUGGAUUUUAAGAUUGUGAAGCCUGGAAAUUCUGUUAGUUUGAUUGGUGUUGAUGCUAGAACCCUUUUUACCCCUUCUUCAGGGGAUUCAUUAGCUAAAGCUAUGGCUUCUAGGGAGAUUUCUUUGUUGAACCCUAUAUGGGUUCAUUCUAGAAGUACCCACAAGCCUUUUUAUGCUAUACUUCAUAGGAUUGAUGUGGGCAUUGUGAUUGAUUUAGAGCCUGCUAAUUCUAGUGAUCCUGCAUUGCUUCUUGCUGGGGCAGUGCAGUCACAGAAACUGGCGGUGCGGUCGAUAUCUAGGUUGCAAUCACUCCCUGGUGGAGAUAUAGGGGUUUUGUGUGAUACAGCUGUGGAAGAUGUGCAAAAGCUUACUGGAUAUGAUAGGGUAAUGGUGUAUAAGUUCCAUGAUGAUAAUCAUGGUGAAGUUGUGUCUGAGAUUAGGAGAUCAGACUUGGAGCCCUAUCUGGGUUUGCAUUAUCCUGCAACAGAUAUCCCACAAGCUGCUCGGUUCUUGUUCAAACAGAACAGAGUUAGAAUGAUAUGUGAUUGUAAUGCAAAUCCUGUUAAGGUUGUUCAGAGUGAAGAACUAAAGAAGCCUCUCUGCUUGGUAAAUUCGACUCUUAGAUCACCUCAUGACUGCCAUAGCCAGUAUAUGGCCAACAUGGGAUCUAUUUCGUCGUUGGUGAUGGCAGUUGUUAUCAAUAGCGGUGAUUCAAUGAAGCUUUGGGGUUUGGUUGUUUGUCAUCACGCUUCUUCCCGCUAUGUGCCUUUCCCACUUCGAUAUGCGUGUGAAUUCUUCAUACAAGCAUUUGGCCUGCAGCUUAAUAUGGAGCUCCAAUUGGCAUCACAGUUGGCAGAGAAGAAAACUCUCCAAAUGCAGACCUUACUAUGUGACAUGCUUCUUCGAGACGUUCCAUUUGGUAUUGUAACACAAUCCCCUAGUAUUAUGGAUCUUGUCAAGUGUGAUGGAGCUGCACUUUAUUAUGGUGGAAAAUGUUGGUUGCUUGGGGUGACACCAACUAAAGCACAAGUUAAAGAUAUUGCAGAGUGGUUACUAAGAGCUCAUACGGACUCCACAGGUUUAAGUACGGACAGUCUUGCAGAUGCUGGUUAUCCUGGUGCGACUUUACUGGGAGAUGCAGUUUGUGGUAUGGCUACUGCGAGAAUUACUUCCAAGGAUUUUCUAUUCUGGUUCAGGUCUCACACAGCAAAGGAAGUCAAGUGGGGAGGUGCUAAGCAUCAGCCAGAUGAUAAAGAUGAUGGAGGCAAAAUGCACCCGCGGUCUUCAUUUAAUGCCUUUCUUGAAGUGGUUAAAAGCAGAAGUUUGCCAUGGGAGGUUCCGGAGAUUAAUGCCAUUCAUUCUCUUCAAAUCAUAAUGAGAGAAUCAGUUCAAGAGAAUGAGAACAGUUAUCUAAAAACUCUGACCUCUUCUCAACAGAAUGAUGCUGAUGGGCCAAGCAUGGAUGAACUUAGUUCUGUGGCAAUGGAAAUGGUUAGGUUGAUUGAGACAGCCACUGCUCCAAUUUUUGGAGUUGAUCCAUCUGGCUUAAUAAAUGGAUGGAAUGAGAAGAUUGCUGACUUGACAGGGUUGCAUGCUAGUGAAGCUAUUGGAAAGUCUCUCCUUAAUGAUAUUGCUCAUGAAGAUUCACAUGGAACUGUAGAAAAUGUUCUACAUAGAGCUCUGUCAGGUGAGGAGGACAAAAAUGUGGAAAUAAAAUUGCGAAGGUUUGGGAAGGAUCCACCAGAAUCGGUUAUAUACCUUGUGACGAAUACCUGCACAAGCAGGGACCACAAAAAUGAUGUUGUUGGUGUGUGCUUUGUGGCUCAAGAUGUUACUCCUGAGAAAGCUGUCAUGGAUAAAUUUGUUCAGUUGCGAGGAGAUUAUGAGGCUAUUGUACAAAGUCUUAAUCCAUUGAUUCCACCAAUAUUUGCUUCUGAUGAAAAUGCUUCUUGUUCGGAGUGGAAUGCAGCAAUGGAAAGGUUGACUGGUUGGACAAGAUAUGAGAUCAUCGGGCGGACACUUCCUGGUGAGGUUUUUGGUGGUCUUUGUCGUCUUAGGGGACAAGAUGCCCUUACCAAAUUUAUUAUUCUUUUCUACCAAGCACUUAGUGGCCAUGGCACCAAAAAGCUUCCAUUUGGAUUUUUUAAUAGGACAGGAGAGUUGGUGGAAGUAUUCCUAACAGCAAGCAAGAGAACUGAUGAGCAUGGGAACGUAAUUGGGUGUUUCUGCUUCCUGCAGCCUACGCUAGAGGCAUCAGAUGAGAGACAAGAAGACAAUAAAGAAUCCCUUUCAAAACUUAAAGAAUUUGCUUAUGUCCGACAGCAGAUGAGAAAUCCACUGUAUGGGAUCCAGUUUACCCAUAAACUCCUUGAUGCAACCUGUGUUUCAGAUAAUCAGAAACAGCUUCUGGAGACUAGUGAAGCCUGUGAGAAACAGAUACUGUCUGUUAUUGACAAUAUGGAUUUUGGAGGUAUAAAGGACGGCAGCAAAGUGGAGCUAAACAUGGAGGAAUUCGUUCUAGGAAAUGUUGUGGAUGCUAUUGUGAGUCAAGUAAUGAUUUUGCUGAAAGAAAAGAACUUACAGCUGCUGCACGAUAUCCCUGACCAGAUCAAAACACUCCCUCUAUAUGGUGAUCAAAUUAAGCUUCAGCGUGUUCUGUCAGAUUUCUUGCUUAGUGUAGUGCAUCAUGCACCUUCUCCGGAUGGUUGGGUUGAAAUCAAGGUGCUACCUGGUUUGAAACUUGCACAAGAUGGAAAUGACUUUAUCCAUCUCCUGUUCAGAAUGGCUCACCCUGGCCAAGGACUACCUGCUGCUCUAAUCGAUGACAUGUCUGGAGAAAGAAAUAGAUGGACAGCACAAGAAGGAAUCGCGUUAAAUGCUUCCCGGAAACUUGUCAAUAUGAUGAACGGACACGUCCGCUAUAUUAGAGAGGAAAACAAAUGUUAUUUCCUAAUUGAAGUGGAACUCAAAACAUCGAAAUCUACACAACACGCUCUGAAUUUGGAAGGAACUCAAGAAAUGGAAAUCUAGACAACAUGGUCCAAUUUUGGAUGCAGGCAGAGUGUACUAAGUCAUAUAUCAAGGUACCUUAAACUCUCCUCUGCACUUCAGGUAAUUUUUUUUCUUUUUGUUUUAGUAAGAAUAUAUCUGGUAUUUCUAGAGCCUAUGGAGCCUUGGAGUUGAUUCUGAUUCUUCAGCCAUGAUUAUUAUUAUUAAUAUUAUCAGCAGCAUAGGAUAUGUUUUCAUGUGGUUACUUAUGUAAACUGUUAUGCUGUAUAUCACUAUAUUGUUUGUAUCAGAAUGCUCUAAAACUAUCUUCUCAAUAAAACGCUCCAAAAUUAUGAUUUU